CCCAAAGCAAAUAUCACCACCACAAACCAACCACUCCCUUGGUCCAGCGAGCAGCCUCGCUCAGGUGCCUUCACAGGGUAACCUUCUGGGCAUGCCCGAUUGCUGCCUCCCAGGGUAUAUAAACCGCCUCACGAGGAAACAACCCAUAUUCAGCACGAGAGAGCAUAUCUCAAAAUGAAGGCUGUCCUUGUCCUCCUGGUCGGAGCAGUCCUGUGCUUGGACUCAGGUUCUUCUUUGCAGUGUUACAGCUGCAAGUCACAGCUCAGCAACUCCAAAUGUCAGACGAAAGUGGACUGCAAGGAUAAUGACAUGUGCAAGACAGAUGUGAUCAGGGUCGUAGGGCUCUUCACCAUCAUCAGCAAGGGCUGUGACUCAUCAUGCGAAUCAUCCUAUCAGGACUUCAGCGUGGGCAAAAGGAAUAUCUCCUGCUGCAACAGCAACCUCUGCAACAUCAACGCAGCGGGCAGUGUGAGGUACAGCUAUGGGAUGGCAGUGGGGAUAGCAGCCAGCGUGCUCUGGCCCUUCCUGAACAACAGACUGUGAGGAGCAAAGAGGACUUCCAUGACCACAGGAAGUCUUGGAACACCCCACUUAUGACAGGAAUUGAAACUGGGAGCAAGAUGGUGUCUUGGGCACACAGCAUCCUUGGAGCUGAUGGCAGAUCUUUGCCGUAUGAUAGCUUCUUCUUUACUGCUAUUGUAUUGCUGUAGUGCUACUAGAUAAGAAAAUAUGUGUGCAUGCUAUCUGCGUAACUCCUAAAAUAUACUGAUUUCU